AUGGAAGAUGGAAACCAGCUUCGUUCGCCGACUUCGACUCCAUCCUCUGCAUGUCCUUCCCAUUCUUCCACCUCUUUCCCGAAGCAAACCCUAGAUUUCCCGAUUCGAAGCCCCAAAUUGUCCCGCAAAGCCAACUUCCUUCCCCCUAUUUGCGCCUUUGCCGUACCAGAGAAAGUAGAGAAGAUUGGAAACGAGCUCAAAAACCUAACCCUAGAAGAAGCUCGCAGCCUCGUUGACUGGUUACAGGAAGAGCUCGGUGUCUCCGCUGCUGCCUUCGCACCGGCGGCUGUUGCCGUAGCGCCUGGUGCCGUUGCCAAUGCGGGACCAGCCGUCGUUGAGGAGCAAACGGAGUUCGAUGUUCUUAUCGAGGAAGUGCCGAGUAACGUGAGGAUUGCAACGAUUAAGGUCGUGAGAGCACUUACGAAUCUGGCGUUGAAGGAAGCGAAGGAGUUGAUUGAAGGAUUACCGAAGAAAUUCAAGGAGGGAACCUCAGAGGAAGGGGGGUGUCGAUCUUCGAAUGAACAUGAUAAAUUUUCAUAGAU